ACGGGCAGAUCACGGGUGGAUGAUAACCGGCAGGCUCGUAAAAGCGCUGACCCCGCUAAAAGCCGCAUGGCAUUCACUGGCAGGUAAUUUAUAUAGUAAUUAUCAUGGGCAUAUCCUUCUCUGACAAAAUCAUCUUGGCUCCUAUGGUUCGCGUGGGAACUCUGCCCAUGCGGCUUCUUGCUCUAGAUUAUGGUGCAGACAUUGUUUACUGUGAGGAGCUUGUCGACAUAAAAAUGUUGCAGUGUAAACGAGUUGUAAAUGAAGUCCUCCAAACUGUGGAUUAUGUGUCUCCCACAGAGAGAAUUGUUUUUCAGACUUGCGAAAGAGAGAAAGGUUGCGUUGUCUUUCAAAUGGGAACUGCAGAUGCAAAGAGAGCGUUGGCUGUGGCAAAACUUGUAGAAAAUGAUGUCGCUGCUAUUGAUGUGAACAUGGGCUGCCCCAAGGAGUAUUCAACAAAGGGUGGCAUGGGUGCAGCACUUCUGUCAAGUCCUGAGAAAAUUGAGGAAGUGCUGAAAACAUUGGUAAAUGGAAUUUCCAAACCAGUGACCUGUAAGAUACGCAUCCUCUCCACAGUGGAAGAAACGGUCAGUCUGGUGAAGAUGAUUGAAAAAACUGGUGUUUCGGCUAUUGCUGUUCAUGGAAGGAAAAAAGAGGAAAGGCCACAGCACCCGGUCCAUUGUGACUUUAUCAAGGCAAUAGCAGAAGCUGUAUCUAUUCCAGUUAUUGCCAAUGGAGGCUCACAGGAAAUUAUACGGGAGUUUGUGGAUAUAGAAGCAUUUAAAUCCUUAACAGCUGCGUCAUCUGUUAUGUUGGCACGAGCAGCAAUGUGGAAUCCCUCUAUUUUCAGAAGAGAAGGCGUUUUGUCUAUAGAUGAUGUCAUCCAUGAUUACAUUGAACAUGCAGUGCGCUAUGAUAACCAUUACACCAAUACAAAAUACUGCUUGUGUCAAAUGUUACGGGAAAAGCUAGAAUCUUCUCUGGGCAAAAAGCUUCAUGCUGCCCAAUCUACCAAGGAAAUUUGUGCAGUAUUUGGAAUGACUACAUUUUAUGAAAGUUGUACAUUAUCGCAAGAGGCCAGGAGAAAAUCCAUAAAUAUCAUAAGUCAAGGGACUUUAGAGGUUGAUGAUGAUAAAAAUGAAGAAAUUGUUGAUGCAACACAGUUACCUGUCAAGUUUGAAAAAAAAGACUACUUGCCCCAAAUCACUCCAAAAAUGGUCCUCCUAGAAUGGUGCAGAAAGGAAAAGCUUCCUCAACCUGUAUAUCAGACUGUGCAGAGGUCUCUUGAUAGGUUUUUCCACUCUGUUGUCACAGUGAAUGAAAAGAAGUACUGCUCUGUCCUGUGGGAUAAGUCCAAGAAGCUAGCAGAGCAGGCUGCUGCCAUUGUUUGUCUUCGGACACUGGAGCUCCCUGAAGGAAAGAUUGGUGAAGAAGAAAGUGACCUUGUUCACAAAAGGAAGAGAAAAAUGCAGUAUCAGAAUGUUGGCUCAGGAAACCUGUCAGAAAUGCCUCAGACAAAGAAACUACACCAAGAGGAUGACAAAACAGAAGGAAAAGAUAAAGAAAGUUGAACUCAUAUUUUGGUAUAUUAAAUUUUUUUCCAAAGAUAAGCAGUAAUGAAUGUAAUUACACAAAGGAAAUAAAAACAUAAAUCAUAGACA